AUGUCCGAACACAAGGUUUUACAAGGUACGGAUAAUGAUAGCCUACAAAAUUGUAAUAUAAUUGAGUAUGUGGUAGUUGAUUGUAACCAUAGUGUUUUUGACGCUAACGAUACUGGUGCUAAUGGUGCGACCACUGGUUCGAUCUAUUUUUUACCACCAUUAAAUACCACACCUACUGUACACAACAAUCCACCUUCAUCGAGGUCGACAAACAAUAUCAAUGUUAACAACACCAUGUCACAGCAAUCAAAUUUAAACCCUGAUACGAAUUCUGUUGUAUUGGCGCUAAUUGAGCAAAAUCGGUUGCUUAUUGAACAACUAUUGCGCCGUUCCACAUCGCUAAGUUCGAAGUCUGUUCAAAGUAGUGGAUCAAAUGGUUAA